UUGGACAUUAGAACCAUUGAAACCGUGCAGGCUUACUCCUUUGCGGGUUUGUCACAUAUACAAAGGCUGGAUCUGACAAACGGCUAUCUACAGAGUUUACAAGACAAGACGUUCAGCGGACUGUCUUCUCUCGCUCAUCUUAACUUGUCACAUAACACACUUUCUACUUUACCAAGGGGAGUCUUUGAAGGGCUGAGCUCUCUUACUCACCUUGACUUGAGCUACAGCAACUUGGUAACCUCCCAAGCUCAGCUUCCAGAAGCUUUGGACUAUCUUGAUCUCAGUUUCAAUAAGAUAAACAGCAAGUUCACAGGUCAAGUACCAUGUAACUACCCCUUGUCAUUCAACUUCAGCGGCUUAAUAAGCGUGAAUCAUCUGAAUUUGAGUCACAACGACAUCAACGCUAUUCCCAACGGUUGUCUCCCUUGGAGUUUGAAAACAUCUACUAACAGUACGUUCACUGUACAAGUGAUUGAUUUAAAGCACAACAAAAUAGUAUAUUGGGCUGAAGAUAUCUACUGCAUUGCGAGUUUACGGUAUCUCGACGUUUCUUACAAUGAUGUAGCUUUUUUGGAAAUCUAUGCACUGCCGUGUGAGCAAUCUACUAUAGAAACUUUAAGGCUGGAUCACAACACUAUAUCAAGUAUAUAUAUAAAGGGAUACAUGACAAGCCUGAAAACGUUGACUCUUUCUCACAACAUCAUCCAGCGUAUCGAGACAGAACAGCUCCCAGAGUUGGUCCGGCUGGAGCAUCUAGAUCUCAGUCAUAACGACAUCAACACCGUCAUGCCUUCUGCCUUCCGUGGACUAUCGCGGCUGAGAUUCCUGGAUCUCAGUCACAACCAACUACAAACCAUAGAAGGGACGAUGUUUGGAGGUCUGGGCAACCUUACACACCUAAACCUGGCGUUCAACGGGAUAGCGGAGAUAGGAGGCGCCUUUCACCGUCUGUUCGCAUUAAAGGAUUUGGAUAUGAGGGGAAACAGCUUAGCUGUUUUAAAUCAAACAACACUGGGUCCUGUUGUCAACCGGCUGGAGAGACUGGACGUUGCAGGCAAUCCUUUUCUGUGCGAUUGUAACUUGAUGUGGUUUGUUGAGGGGGCCCAGCAUAAAUACGACAGGGUAGCGAACUGGCACAACCCUUAUCCUGACGUUGGUGGCGGCUACACGUGUUCCCGUCCAGAACUACUGCGCGGAAGACGUUUGAUAGACGGGUUGUCGCAGAAACAAUCUAUUGACAGACAGGAGCCAACGUUUUUCGACAUGGACUGUAGUCACGGAUUCCGGCCAAACCGCCUCCUGGCUUGUGUGCUCGCCUCUUCCAGCAUCUUCGUCGCCAUGAUGACCAUUUUCCUGGUCGACUACCACAUUGACCGUGUUCAGUACUACCUGUGGCAGUUGGCCAAGUGGAGGAGACCGAAAAUUGGCGAAGGAGAGAACCAAGAGCCGCCCAGAUACACGCACGAUGCUUUUAUUGCCUACAAUAACCAGGACCUCAUGUGGGUUGUGUAUGAAGCAAUAGAAAAUCUGGAACCUGACUACAGUCUGGUCAUACACGAAAGAGACUUUGCAGUCGGCGCUCCCAUUGUGAAAAACAUCGCGGAUGCCGUGGAAAACAGCCGGAGAACCGUCUGCCUCAUCACCAGGAACUUCCUGAAGAGCAAGUGGUGCGAGUACGAGUUCCAGUUGGCCCAGUACCACAUGUUUGAGGAGGGGGGAGGGAGGCGUCUCAUCCUGGUGUUUCUGGAGAGGAUUCCUGACAGGAUGCUGAAACGGUUCCGCCAUCUGAACGCCGUAAUGAAAAGGGACACGUACCUGAUGUGGCCGGAGGACGCGCGGAAAAGGCCGCUGUUCUGGAGGCGGCUGCGAGACGCUCUGGGCGAUCCUUUACCCCGGGACCCAGAGCCUCAGCAGCAGGUACAAGAUCAGGAACAGAACAUUCUGGAACAGCAAGAACAGGCUCUGGUAAGGAACAUUGUGACAGUGCAGGUGCAUGGCUCCAUGCGGAACGGUCCGGAACUGCAAGAUGAAUUACCAUUACCAGAGCCAGACGACCAGCUCUGGUCUGAGGUUGGAGAAGAUGGUCCUCUCCUAGCACUGUAG